AUGAACACUGUCCGCGGAGUUGGCUUUGGCGUGACGACUUCCAGGCCUGCCGCUGAGGUGAAUUCUUCGGAAACGGAUCAUCAGGCUAUCAGCACAUGGUCGCACAACGACUCGCUGUGUCAACAAGCCAUCGCUCGCUGUAGUUUUGGUGCCCUGGUCCCGGCCGGCGUCAAAGUGUCCUUUGCGAACCUUGCCAAGCAGGCCCCGUUGAGUGAGCAGAUGGGUAGCCGCCUUCCGCGCCACGCCAUGACCUGGCGGAUCUGCUACGAGCCCGAUCUGGGCUACGUUGUUCAUACCCAGGCGUCCAGAAUUCUCGUCAACUCCGUCGCGUGGGACUGA